UCCAAACAAAAAGACUCGGAACCAAAAUAAAUCGCGUCGCCACCGGACCCCCGCUCCGCUUCGCUUCCCUUCCUCCCACCCAAGGGCAAACAAAGCACCCACGCCGCCGCGGCGAUCCCACACCCGCAGCCUCCCUCCCGCAGAUCGAGCGGCGCGGCGCGGCGGCCGGCGGCCGGAGGGAGAUGAGGAAGCGCGAGAGGGAGAACCCGUGCGGGGUCUGCGGGCACUACCACAAGUGCGAGGAAGGGGAGAUAUGCGGGGUCUGCGGCCACAGGCCCGCCGCGGCGGACGCGGUGGCCCCGGCGAGGGUCGACUCCGCCUUCCCCUCCGAGGUGCUCAAGGGCUUCCUCUUCCUCGGCAGCUACGACAACGCCUCCCGCUCCGAGGUCCUCAAGACGCUCAACAUCACCCACAUCCUCAACACUGUGCCGGAUUGCCAUAAUCUUUACCGGAAUUCAUUCACUUACCACUGCCUCCAAGAUGAUAAAACAUUGGAUUUUGAUGGUGCUACUCAGUUUCUAGAGCAAUGUGAAAGAGGGGCUUCACGUGUUCUUGUCCAUUGCAUGUCUGGGAAAAACAGGUCAGCUGCUGUGGUGACAGCCUUCUUGAUGAAGUCUAGAGGGUGGAGACUUGCACCGUCUCUCCAGUGGGUAAAAGAUCGACGACCACAGGUCCAAAUAACAGAAGCUUCUCAGUGUCAGCUUGUUGAGUAUGAACAGAAGCUCUUUGGACCCAGCGCUGGCUCGCCAGCUCAGACCACGGUUCUAACCGAGUCAUUUCCUUCACUUGGAUUUGGUUUCCCACAACCAUCAGGUGACAUCCAAGUGCCUGCGUUCAACCAGACUCCUGUGCCAUCCAUUUUCGAGCGGGCCGGCCCAAACAAUGUUCCCAGUAACUUCACUUUCGGAGCCGACGGUUCAAUGGGAGUCGGAGUCGGUCCCGCCGCAGGGAUCAACAAUGGCGCAGUCACCCCAGCUUCGACGGAUAACCAGAUGGACAGCUCUUAAGAUGACUUUUAACAUGUCGCAUAUCACUUGGGACAGAUGCAUGUUACUCCUAGGCCUAUCGAAUAUGUCACUGCAUGUUUAGCUUUCACUUGGUAUGGGUGCGUGUUACUCUUAGGUCUAUCGAAUAUGUCAUUGGAUGUUUAGCUUUCACCAGAUUGAGAAAUGGUCCUGGCAAACCUUUGGGGUUAUAUCUUACAGUAUAUGGCAGUAGACUUGGCACUCGGCAGUUCACUAUGGCUGUGGACCUGUGGUUGGUGGCUUAUAUUUCUAUUACCUGCA